AAAAACUUGGGGUUUGUUUUCAUAAAUAUGUGGCGGUUCACCGGCUUCCAUCUUGGAUUGUGUUCGUUUUGAGAAGCCGGGUGCUCGCAAAUAAUUCGAGUUACGUGGGCAUCGGGCGUUAUUAUAAUUCAUCAACAAUUUAAUCGAUUUAUUAUUCAUAUAUAUCAUAAUUAAAAUAUAAAUAUUUUACAUCAACAUAGGUGUAAGAUAUUGUUUAGAUUAUUACUGGAUUAUUGUUGGUGCUACUUGAUACUUUCUUGAGAAAAAAAAAAAAAAAAAAAAAAAAAAGAAACUUGGCUAGAUCUUUCAUGAUCAGAAUUUAUAAAUCAUCUCCAUGUUAAUCAUCGGGUGAUUGGAUAUGCUCAUUUAUACAAUCAAAAGUUUCCAGUGAUUUGUAGAAAAAAAUUGAUAAAUUGUUUAUUAAAUAAUAAUAACAAUUAUAGUACUGAAAUAACUGAUAUAAAUAUGGCAUUACCAAGCAGAGCACGCGUUUAUGCCGACGUAAAUUCACAUAAACCAAGAGAUUAUUGGGAUUAUGAGUCUUAUGUAGUGGAUUGGGGACAACAAGAUGACUACCAAUUAGUAAGGAAAUUGGGACGAGGUAAAUACAGUGAAGUUUUUGAAGCAAUCAAUGUUACAAAUAAUGAAAAAUGUGUUGUUAAAAUACUCAAGCCAGUAAAAAAGAAGAAAAUAAAACGUGAAAUAAAAAUUUUGGAAAAUCUCAGAGGUGGAACCAAUAUUAUUACAUUGCAAGCUGUUGUUAAAGAUCCAGUAUCACGAACACCAGCAUUGAUUUUUGAACAUGUUAAUAACACAGAUUUCAAACAGCUAUAUCAAACUUUAACAGAUUAUGAUAUUAGAUAUUAUCUUUAUGAAUUAUUGAAGGCUUUGGACUACUGCCACAGCAUGGGUAUUAUGCACAGAGAUGUGAAGCCUCACAAUGUCAUGAUUGACCAUGAAAAUCGUAAAUUACGUUUGAUUGACUGGGGCUUAGCUGAAUUUUAUCAUCCAGGCCAAGAAUAUAAUGUUCGUGUUGCAUCAAGAUAUUUCAAAGGUCCUGAAUUGCUUGUUGACUAUCAGAUGUAUGAUUAUUCAUUGGACAUGUGGUCAUUGGGUUGCAUGCUUGCAAGUAUGAUAUUUAGAAAAGAACCAUUUUUCCAUGGUCAUGAUAAUUAUGAUCAAUUGGUGAGAAUUGCAAAGGUAUUGGGAACUGAAGAAUUAUUUGAAUACCUUGAUAAAUAUCAUAUUGAACUUGAUCCAAGAUUUGGUGAUAUAUUGGGACGUCAUUCACGUAAACGUUGGGAACGUUUUGUACACUCGGAAAAUCAACAUCUUGUUUCACCAGAAAGUCUUGAUUUUCUUGACAAGCUAUUGCGCUAUGACCAUUAUGAAAGAUUAACUGCACGAGAAGCUAUGGAUCAUCCAUACUUUUAUCCAAUAGUGAAAGACCAAGGUCGAAUGGCAAUGGUAUCUUCAUCACCUACUCCAAUGGCAGGCUCAAUGCCUGUUGGUGAGUAGCAACUCAAGUGCCCAUAGCGAGGCAGUGAACUUGUCACUAGCUUCUGGAUCGGUUGGCCAAAAAUAAGCAAGUGGAGUAGCAGCCGGCAUGGGCCUCUUAGAUGAACAUUAUUCAAUUAAGCCGAUACCAGAGCUCUCAUUAAUUCAAUAUUAGUCAAAGACAAAAUAAAAUUAUUAAAAUAAAUCAACAAACACACAUUAAAUAUAAAAAAAAAAAAAAAUCAUAAUAACUUACGAUAUUAUAUUUAAAAAACCAACAUCAACAGUAUAAACUACAUAAACAAGACUACAUUGGACAUCAUCAUUAUCAUCUUUUUUUUUUUUUACCAGUACACUACGUAUACAAUUACAUCAAUAUCAUUAAAAAGAAAAAAAAAACAAACAAACAAAAAUACUUUUAAUCCUAACGGCAUUCCGGUUUAUAAAAUUUCGACGAAUACGAUCUUUUAAUUAAGACUGAUGUACAACUUCGUCAAUUUAUUAAUUUUUUUUUUAAAAAAACUUUUUUUUUCUCUUCUCUUUUCGGGCAUUUAAAAAAUUGUAAGUACUUAGACAUUUGGAUAAUAUUUAUAAACCUAUGUAAUUUUAAAGUGUGAAAAUAUUUAAAAAAUUUUAUUUUUUUUUUUUUUUCGAUAUAUUUUGUUCUUUUUUCUGGUUAAUAGUUUUUUUUUUUUUUUUUUUCCAAAAUACUGGGUAAAAAAAGAAAAUAUCGUGCGAGUUAAUUUAACAAUCGCGCAUUGAAGAUUCUAUAAUUAAUUGUCUAGAUCGUGAAUUUGAUACCAAUGUUCCUGCAUCUGUUGUUUACAAUUGAUAAUAACGCUGUUUUUAUUUUCUAUACGAUUGUAGUUGAUAAUACAAUUUCGUUAUUAAGAUGUUUCGAGAGUCUACGGAAUUAUAAUAUAGUUCUUUAUUGUUUAAUUAUAGUUUUUUUUUUUUUUUUUUAAUUUAAUUUUUUUUUUUUAUACAAACAAAACUAGAUGAAGUUUGAUGAAUUAAUUUGCCUGAAAAUAAAUAAUUUAAAAUAAAAAAAAUAUCAUAUUACAAAUAGAUUUUAAAACAUUUAAAUAUAAUUAUAAAAUUUACCUGAAAUAAAAGAUGAGAGUUUUUUUUAAAUUAAUUAUAUUGAAUUAUUUUUCCAACAUUUCGUAGUAACAAAAUUAUUUCAUCAUAUAAUGGAAUAAUUUUUUUAAUUUUUUACAACAUAUAAUAAACGAAUUGUUAAUGAAAAAAUAAUCAAAUUAAAAAAAGGCUUGAUUUAUAAUUUAGGCAGAUAAAAUUUUAUCAAACAUCAAUGUUGCAUUUUAAAUAAAUUAAUUUUGUAAAACUCGAAACAUUUUAAGUUGACCAAUAAAAUCGAACCGAAGCAAGUAUGCAAAAAUAAAUAAAUAUUUAAUUUAGAAAUAAAAAACAAAUUAAACAAUGUAACAGUUAAAAGUAUGAGAAUGAAGGAGCGAAAGGAUACAAAAAAUUAAAUUAAUAAAAAAAAAAAAAAUAAUAAUUUAAAAAAUUGCAUUCACUUCUAUCUGUAAA